AUGGCUACCCAUGGCUGGACGAACGAAGCUGCGAGCCAGUUGUACUACCCUCGAGGUGACAUCACAUAUGAAACAACCCCUCCGACACGCACCUAUACCACGCCGACGUCGCUGACAACUUCGAGAAACGCCAGCAUCGUGCAGGACACUUCAGACUUCGCUGCAGACCUCGUUCACGAAUCGGUCGUUGCGUUUGAACCCAGACAUCCCUCCAUUUACUACAGCUCGCACGUAGCUAUUGGUGGGAGCACGGGUAUCUGGUCAGGAACUGGCGCAUACCCCGCGAGUCCAGAUGUCCUCGCCCAAACUGAGGCGCUCAGUGACGUAGCCCCGAAGUAUGCAGAUUGGUUGGCUUUUGGGGGUGAUAUCGCUCGAGCUCAGGAGGGAGUCACCCUACUUAAUGCGUAUGAGCCCAUGUGCUGCUUCGGGCAGGCAUCAGGUGGUGUUAGCGCUCAUCGCGGCGAUUUCGGCAACCAAAAUACAGGUGUCGGCACUGUCCCUCCGAGUUCACCACGAAACAAAAUUGUAUUCGGCAUAUCAAUGCACAUUGGGGUCUUAAGCAGUUCAGAUGCACCUGCGGCAAACGGUUCACCACCAAAUCAGACAUGA